AUGGGCCUAAUGGCCUGCUUCCACACUGUAGCGAUUCUAUGAUACAGGCGCGUGUAAAAUGAAGGUACUUUCAGCUUAAUUUUAAGGUGAUUAUCAAAAGAUCGAGAGGUGAAAUCAGGAAAAUAAACUUCUAUCCGCCUUCCCAUCUCUCCCUAUUUAUUUCAGAACCCCCUUCCCCUCCCCCUUUUCAGAUGAAGGGUCUAGGCCCGAAACGUCAGCCUCUCUGCUCCUAUGAUGCUGCUUGGCCUGCUGUGUUCAUCCAGCCCUGCACCUUGUUGUCUCGGAUUCACCAGCAUCUGCAGUUCCUACUAUCUCCGUUACCAUAUAUAUUCGACUUCACGUUGCUGCGUUGGUGCAACAUUAGAGGAUGCUGAAGCGCCCGCAUUUACUACAACAGGCUGUGGGUUCAGCUCAGAAUUCCUGCAGGUUGGAAUAUUUAAUCGCCGUUUAUUGAAACAAGCCAACAUGUCCAGAGAAGAACAAUCUAUAGUGGUGACGCAAACCCAGAGAGAGGGAGACUCCGGACAGCGCAGCCAGAUAUCCCCGUACAAUUCAACACUGCAAAAGACAACUGUUGGCAAUGCAAAUGAAGACUUCCACGGGGUUACAGUUUCUGUGGACACUCCUUGCGAUGUCCUCCAGCCGGAGGCCAGGGUCCGGUGUAUCUCUGCUCUUGUUCCAUCUCGGGUGGCGGCAUCAGAACCAGGACUCCAUCGGUCGACUCGGAGCCAGGACCCAAUGCCCAGCGUCGAAGGAGGUGUGGCACCCGUGCAGCGUGUCCAUCUCCAGAUGCAGAAGCGCCCGGCAUCGCUGGCAGUAGGAAUGGAGCACGUUGCCGGGGACCCUGGAGACAGUAUCACAGGUUGAUGUCUAUGGAGAGGGAAAGGUGAACUUUUGAAGCUGUUUCAGUUUCAAUAAUAUCAACUUAAUAUUAAUUUAUUCAGUAUUUUACCAAUUGUACAAUUUAUUCAGUAACUUAUUCUGUAAUCCAAGAAGGUGCCAAAACAUGGCGACAUUUUUACUGUACCUAUGCAUGACUGACAAAUAAAUAUGUAAAUAAAUACGUAAAUUAUAAAUAAGUAAAAAAAGCGAAUGAUAAUCCACUUCAGUACCUUGCACAUUAGACUGCACCAAUGAGUUGAAGUCUAUGGCUUAUCACUGAUGCCAGAGAAAGACAGUCAAUAGUUACACUCCUGCUCUUUCAGUCUAAUAAAGGACCUCACCUGGUUUACAUCCCAUUUAUCGCCCAUGGUUUUCUCUUUGUUCACUUCCUGAUCUUCUUUCAGACACUAACCUGGUCAAAAUCCUACAAUUCCCUCCCUAAUAGCAUCAUGCCCCAACAGCAAAUGGACUGCAGGGGUUCAAUAAUACAGCUCAACCCCACCCUGUCCAAAACAACCAUAGCCUACCAGUAACCCCCAGACCACAAGUACCUUUUAUUUUUAGUAGCUUAGCCAUUCCUUUUCUUGGCCAGACAUGUGGAUCUGUAAACUGUAAAAUGAAUCUACAUUUUAUUUCUGAAGAAGGGU